CCGCUUUAAAUGCAAGACCUUUUUUGUCCAAUUCAUUAGAGUUAGGUGGUUGGAAUAUUGACGAAGAAAGAUGGAAAAUUUUGAUCUGACAGUAAUGAAUUUUUUUCGUACAAUGGAGGCUUGUAAUGUAGAACAACGAUCUCUUACAAGUGAUUUUUUGGAAUCGUUUAGUACUUAUGUAGAGGAAAUACUUAUGGCUUUACAUAUAUCAGUUGGUCCAACAGAUACCAUCAAUAUAAAACAACUGCUUUUUCAAGACCUGGUCGAGUUAAGUUGCCAUAUUCAGCAGCCACAACAGCACGAAAAAGUUAUUUUAUAUCUAACAAGGCUACAGGAAGCAAAGAAAGAGCGACUGAGCAGUCUUCACAGAACUAUAACAACUUGUAGAGGCAACCUUCAGGUGGCUGAACAAGAGCUGCUUCGAAAGAAAAUGAAGGAACAAGAAAAAAAAGACAUAAUGGAUUUUCUGACCAUGACCACGAAUAUAAUUCAAGGCAUAAUAACAAGCAACCCCAAUGACAGACAUCUGAAAAAUCUAGUAGAAAGAAUGAAGGAGCAUCGGGGAACUUUCAGUUUCCAAGACGAAUUAUUGGAUGUCGAAGAAAUCAACAAAAGAAAUCUGGGGAAAAUGAUCGUACGUUACAUAGGUCAUGAAGGAGUUGAUGAGAAACCAGGCCUUCGCCGUCUUCUUCAGGCCUGCAUUGACUUCCUUCAAACAGAGGCUGCAGGAUUUUGGAAGAAUGCAUCCAUAACAAUUUAUGACGAGGACGACAACAUGUACAAGAUCGCCAGUGGAACGAGAAAACAUCAGUUUAUUUGCAGGAUGAAAAACGGGGAACCAUUUAUAAAAGAGAAAAAAUCGGUUUCGGAGCACAAGAAACCUAAACCAAAUCACAAGACGUCAACUGAAACCACUCAUCAUCCAUCUCAAAAAGGACAAGAUCACAGCUGCUCAGUUUGCUAAUUAUUUUCAGAAUUGUUUUUGUUUGAAUUUAACUUAAAAUCUUGUGUGUUUAUACGGUUCUUGUAUUAUCAUUAAGUUAAAUCAACUAAUUCAUAUAAAUAAUAACAUAGAUAAGUACAUGUAGUAGCCACUUUGGGUUUUUUAUGUUUUCAUUUAAUGCAUUGCCCAUAAAAUUAUAGCAAUGUCAGCCAUUACUUGCACCACAUAAAGUGUGUA